GUCCGUAAAAAAGCUAGUGUUGGUUCUAGAAAUCCCUGAAAACUUGUUCAAUUCAUAAUAAUCAAAAUUCAAAGAAGACAGAAAUUUUGAAGUGUGUCCCCAAACAAGCUCAUAAAUCGUUCUUCUGCACAUUCGCAUUUUCUCCUCUCUUUGUGUGAAGGAUGUCAGCAUACAGGUGGAAGAGUUUUAACGACGAGGGAGAUCGUCCAGAGAAACCUCGUCGUUAUGGCGUUACUGAAAUGAGGGGUCCACACUAUUCCCUUUUCUCUCGUGGUCUUCUUGAGGAUGUUUUCGAGUCUAUGGGUCAGUUUGUUGAUGGACUAAAAUUCUGUGGUGGAUCUCAUACUUUGAUGCCAAAGACUUACAUCAAAGAAGUGACUGACAUUGCACAUAAGCACAAUGUUUAUGUUAACUCUGGUGAUUGGGCUGACCAAAUGCUUCGCCAAGGUCCUUCUGCUUUUAAAGAACAUAUCGAGGAAUGUAAACAAUUGGGGUUUGAUACAAUUGAGCUUGAUGUUGCAUCACUUGGUCUACCUGAGGAGACCCUUCUGAGAUAUGUGCGGCUGAUUAAGGGCGGUGGGCUUAGAGCUAAGCCUCAGUUCUCUGUUAAGUUUAACAAGUCUGAUAUAGCCUUCACCGGCAACAGAGCUUUUGGGGCUUACGUGGUUCCUGCACCUCAAACCUCUGAGAUGGUUGAAGAUGUGGAUCUUUUGGUUAGAAGGGCAGAGAGAUGCUUAGAAGCUGGGGCAGACAUGAUAAUGAUCAAUGCUGAUGAUUUAGGUAGGCAGGCUGAUUCACUCCGAUCAGACAUGAUUGCGAAGAUUGUGGGCCGUCUUGGACUUGAGAAAACUAUGUUUGAGGCAUCAGAUCCUAAAAUCUCCGAGUGGUUUGUCAAAUGUUAUGGUCCAAAGGUUAACCUCUUUGUGGAUCACUCACAAGUGAUGGAUCUGGAGUGCCUCAGGGGACGUAACCUGGGUCAAAAUCACUCAUCUCUACUUGGCAGGUCAUAUUUUCUGCUCUGAUUUUGUGGCAUCCAUAGAGAAAAAUGUGCAUAUUGUGGCAAACAACUCAUCUAUGUAAUGCUUUUGUUGGUCAUGUUCAGGUCCUGUCUAAACUUUUAUAUGAAUAAUAAAAAAAAGGUAUUUCAUGCACUCGAGUUUUUAGUCUUUUCAGAGACUCCUUUUUGCUUGGAGUUCAGCUGCUUGUAAAGAUGCUCUUUUAUAUAUGUUCUAGUGCCUAAAUGGCUGAAAGUUCACCAAAUCUUAUAAAGAA